AUACCACGUGAUUUAGUCUCAGUCACCAUGGCGUCCUCCCGGAUACGGCUGCUGUGUUUACGUUCUUGGAUGUGGAUUCUAUUAUUUUACGGCGUUUGUUCGCAUGUAAAAGAAGUUUUGACUGAAGACGUGUUCAGUUGUGAAGACCUGAGACUCGGACAGUAUCUGUGUAAUGAGCCAAAGAUCGACGAAGCCACUCAGGAGCCAGAGAACUGCAAGGACACCACAGCAUGGGUGGAGUGUCUCCCAGCUCCAAACAUCAGCUGUCGACUGUCUAACGGGACAGAAUUUCGGUUCAGUGGGAAAGAGGUCGGCUUCAACAAAACCAUUUCCUGUCGGAAUGUGAGUGGUUAUUCCUACAGAGUUGCUGUGGCUCUGUCUCUGUUCUUGGGCUGGCUUGGUGCCGAUCGGUUCUACUUGGGGUAUCCUGCACUGGGACUGCUGAAGUUCUGUACAGUUGGAUUCUGUGGAAUUGGAACUUUGAUCGACUUUAUACUUAUUGCCAUGCAGAUCGUUGGACCAGCAGACGGUUCAAGCUACAUUGUGGAUUACUACGGCGCUCGACUGACCCGCCUCUCAAUCACCAAUCAGACCUACAGGAAACCUCACCUGUCUCUGUGAGACCUGCUGGACUAUCGUCACAAACACUGGUCUAAUGUGAGGACAGACAACAGUGCUGUGAAACAGAGUCACCAUCAUCAGGCCAACUUCAUCUGCACCAAGUUUUAACAUCAUAAUUGUCAUUACACCUAUUUUUUGCCUGUAAAUUAUUAUUAUUAUUAUUAUUGCUUUAGCCGUAUUUGUAUUUUAUUUUGUUUGUACGGCAAUAAUGUUGUAAAGUUUGUUUGAGGCCAAAUCUUGUGUUUUGUAAAUAAAGUUUUCAUGUGUUGGUGUCAA